CAUCUUUUCCUUUUUCGGGGGCCUUAUGCCAUGCACUAGGUACUUUACAGAGAAUCGAUCUCCCUCUAUAUUUUCAUGGGCCUGGGAGAGUGGGGGAAGAGGGGGAGAGGAAGAGAGGAAAUGGAGGAGCAGGUUGAAGGGUUGGGGAGGGCAUUUGUGGAUCAUUACUACUAUCUCUUUGACAAUGAUCGAUCUUCUUUGCCUUCCCUCUACCACUCAACUUCCAUGUUGACAUUUGAGGGCCACAAGGUACAAGGGGUUGAUGAAAUCUCUCAGAAACUCAAUCUGUUGCCAUUCGAUCAAUGCCAACAUGUGAUCAGCACCAUUGAUUCACAGCCCUCCUCCUUCACUGGUGGCAUCAUGGUCUUUGUCAGUGGCAGCCUUAAACUACCCGGGGAGGAGCACCAACUAAGAUUUAGCCAGAUGUUUCACUUGGUUCCAUCAUCCGAAGGAAGCUUCUUCGUGCAGAACGACAUCUUUCGCCUCAAUUAUGGUUGAUUUGUGCCCAUUAACUGGAGAUCAUUUCAUGCUGUGACGUUGUUCCAUCUGUGUUUUAGUCCAUCUGAGGAAAUAAAACUGAUUGGCCUUACCCUUUCCUUGCUUUGCAUAAGCUGACACCACGAUCAGGUAUCAUUGCCUGAAUGUCCUCACUUCUCUAUAUACAUUUUAGAGAACAUUCAAAAAUAAAAUAAAAAUCCAGAGAAUGAUUAAUCAUUUUUCCUA